UCUAAAUAUUGCUUUACAAUUUUACUCAGCCUAGUCUGAUUAUUAACAUUCCAUGUUCCAUUGUUUGCUUGCAUCCAAAUUUCCCCAGAAUUCAUUUGCCCCUUUCCUUAGAUUCCAAAGAAGCCCUGGAACUCAAAGAACUUGAAUUUGGAUACUAACCAAAUCCAGAUUGUUAAAGCUUACUAAGAAUACUGAAGCAGCUUUCAGGAGGAAAAAAAAAAAAACAUAGUUUAAUACCUUUAGCUCCUAAGAACAAGGUGUUAAGUUUUUGUUUGAUUGGUUGUUUUCAAAUCUCUGUCCACAAAGUUCACAUUCAGUUCUAUUUGUUUUGACUGAAGAUAUCAAGAGCUUCCUUUAAGAUCAGGUCAGCGUUAAGAAUUGUCAAGAAAUAAAUAAAUAUUCAGGUGCACUUGGAAGAACAUGAGGGAAACUGACAAACAGAUUGCAACCCACCAAUUAAAGUGUAUUUCCAAGAUAAAGAUGUUUCUGUUGGCAUUGAUGUGUGCAUAUAUCUCCAAAACAUUAUCUGGAUCUUUUAUAAAUUCCAUCCUCACACAACUAGAGAGACAAUUCAAUCUCUCAACAACUCUGGUUGGACUUAUUAAUGGAAGUUUUGAAAUUGGGAAUCUCUUGCUGAUGGUAUUUGUGAGUUACUUUGGAACAAAAAUGCAUAGACCUAUGUUGAUUGCUAUUGGGUGUAUGACCAUGGGAAUUGGGUGCUUUUUGCAGUCAUUACCUCAUUUCUUAAUGGAUCCAUAUGAAUAUGAGACAACAGUUUCAAAGACAGCCAACUCUUCCUUGAACAAUUUUCUGUGCAUAAGAAAGGAAACUCAGAUUUUCACACCAACAGAAGAUCCACCAGAGUGUACAAAUGAAGUCAAAUCAUCAAUGUGGCUGUAUGUCCUAGUAGGAAAUAUAAUACGUGGAAUUGGUGAAACUCCCAUCAAACCUUUGGGUAUUUCCUAUAUAGAAGACUUUGCCAAAACUGAAAAUUCUCCUUUAUAUAUUGGGUGCUUAGAAACAGGAUCUAUCAUUGGUCCAUUGAUCGGCUUUUUAUUAGGAUCAUUCUGUGUGAACAUGUAUGUAGACAUUGGAUCUGUGAAUACAGAUGAUCUGAUCAUAACUCCUGCUGACACACGGUGGGUUGGCGCAUGGUGGCUCGGUUUAUUAGUAUGUGCAGGAGCGAAUGUGCUCUCUGGAGUUCCAUUUCUCUUCUUGCCCAAAUCUCUUCCAAAGAUAGGAUUAGAAACUAAUAUGGAUAUUAUAGAAGAAAAUGAGAGAAAUGAAACCAAAGCAGAAAAGAGAGACAUCACUAUAGAUUUCUUACCAUUAAUGAAAAGUCUUUUUUGCAAUCGAAUUUAUGUAUUAUUCUUGGUCACAAGUAUAUUGCAAUUCAAUGCUUUCAUCAUUAUGUUCUCUUUCCUGCCCAAGUAUAUGGAACAGCAAUAUGGCAUAUCUGCCUCAGAGGCAAUCUUCCUAAUGGGUAUUUAUAACUUGCCUCCAAUAUGCUUUGGAUAUUUAGCUGGUGGUUUUAUUAUGAAGAAGUUCAAGAUAAAUAUGAAGCAAGCUGCUUAUAUAGCAUUUUGUAUGUCUUUAUUGGACUAUUUUUUGAACAUGUUAUGUUUUUUAACAGUAUGUGAUAAUUCUCCAGUUGCGGGCCUAACUGUCUCUUAUGAAGGAAUUCAACAAAACAUGUAUAUGGAAAGAAAUGUACUGGCUGACUGCAACAUUGACUGCAAUUGUCAAGACAAAAUAUGGGACCCUGUGUGUGGAGAUAAUAAUUUAUCUUAUAUGUCAGCUUGUCUUGCUGGUUGUGAAGCAUACUUUGGAACAGGGGUGAAUAUGGGCUUUCAAAACUGCAGUUGCAUCAAAUCUUCAAGAAAUGCUUCAGCCUUUCUUGGACUAUGUGGGAGUAGACCAGCCUGUUCUAUGAUGCUUCAGUACUUUCUAAUAUUGUCAGCACUCAGCAGUUUCAUUUAUUCUUUAGCUGCAAUACCUGGGUACAUGGUCUUUCUAAGGAGCAUCAAGCCCAAUGAGAAAGCUCUUGGUGUGGGUCUACACAUGUUAUGCACAAGGAUACUUGCUGGAAUUCCAGCUCCCAUUUACUUUGGAGUUUUAAUAGAUUACACAUGUUUGCACUGGGGAACUUUGCGGUGUGGGAAGUCAGGAGCCUGCAGGAUAUAUGAUUCCAUGAACUUCAGGACUAUCUAUCUUGGAUUGUCAACCAUCUUACGAGGAGUGAGCUAUGUCCCAGCCUCACUCAUUGUAUUUAUUUUGAGGAAGCAUAUUCAGCCAGCUGAAAAUAUGAUGGAAAUGGUUGUUAAAAGGAAGGAAAAUGAAGACAAAGAAAUAAACAAGCAAUCUGUAUAUUUGAAAGAUGAUGAAAUACAAACAAAAUUUUAAUAUUUAGCUAGAUUCUAUUUCUCAGAGUGGGAGACCACACUGAACAAUUUAUUUACUAUCAAAAUUUAUCAUAAUUUUGUUUUCAUUUAAUGAUAAUAUACUAGGAUGUUUUUCCUUUUUAACAUGUUUUAUUGGUGCUUUUUUGUUUUUAAAUUACAGUCCCUUCUGGAAAUACACCCACUGCCCAAAUGGAAAUGUAAUUCUCUGUUAUAAUAACAUGAUAUUCAAAAAAUUAAGUAAUGACCAAAUCUGAGAAUCGUAUACAACAUUCUACCCAUAUAGUCCCUCUCCUCUCUGCUGAGAGGAGGAUAUGUUUCAUUAUUUUUUCUCCAGAAUCAUUACUGAUUUUUCUAUUACUCAGAGCUCAUCUUCCUUUUAGUGAUUUUUUUUUAAUUUAUAUCAUGGUAGUCGUUGUGUAUUUCACUUAUGUCAUUCUGCAUCACUUUUUAAAAUCUUCCCAUUUCUCUGAAUUUCUCAUUUCUAACUGGAUAAUAAUAUUUAAUUACAUUCAAAUAAUGCAAUUUCUCAACCAUUUUUCAAUUGAUGGUC